GCCUUCCUCUCGCUGUUCCGCCGCCUUCUGCCCCCAUUUCCUCGCCGCUCCGCCUCGGGCUCCGGCGGCCGCGCCUCCACUCCGCCAUGGACUCCUCCUUACCCCCAUUACCUAAGGCCGGAAGAUUCCGCAUGCGCAGGGAAGGGCGGCGGCGACGGAGCUAGUUACGCACGCACGUAACAUGGAGCCUGGUCCAUGCUCUGAAUUAAUUUCCCCUUCCAUCACCACGAGCUGCUCAAGAGCAGAACCGGAUUAUCUCAUCCAACCAUUGUGAAGUGGAGAGAAUUCAUGGCGAUGGUCCUGGAUGCUUUUGCAUCCUACCUACAAAGCCUGCUGACAGAGAUGGCGGCAGAAGAGGUGCACCUUCUGCUCGGAGUCUCCGUCGAGAUCGACAAGUUGGGGGACAAACUUAAGGACCUCAAGAACUUCCUCGCCGACGCCGACAGGAGGUACAUCACCGACAACAGCGUGCAAGAGUGGGUAGGACUUCUCAAGCGUGCUAUGUAUGAUGCCACGGACAUCCUUGACCUAUGUCAGCUCAAGGCCAUGGAGCGUGAAGCAUCCUCUUUAGAUGCAGGGUGCUUAAAUCCCUUGCUGUUCUGUAUCCGGAAUCCCUUCCAUGCCCAUGACAUCGGCAGCCGCAUCAAGAGGCUCAACAAGAAGCUUGACUCUAUCAAAGAGCGGAGUACUGCCUUUGGCUUCAUCAAUCUUGGGUCUUAUGAGGACCAUUGCCGGAACAUGCAUGCCUCUAAUCGUGGCAAUCCUAGCCGUGAGACAUCUGGGGAGCUCGACCGGUCAGGUGUGGUUGGAGAGAAGAUGGAAGAAGACACAAGAGCACUGGUGGAGAUCUUGUUGACCGAAAAAGAAGGGUACAACAAAAUCAUGGUGGUUGCCAUCGUAGGCGCCGGUGGGAUCGGCAAAACCACCCUUGCCAAGAAAGUCUUCAACGAUGAAGCGAUAAAUGCCAAGUUUGACAAGGUAAUCUGGUUGAGCGUCAAUCAAUACUUCGACAAGGUUGAGCUCCUCAGGACAGCCGUCACCCUUGCCGGGGGAGACCAACAUAGUGAAAAUGCAUUAGCUGUGCUUCAGCCAGCCCUUACUGCUGCAUUGACAGGGAAGAAACUCUUGCUGGUCAUGGAUGACGUGUGGAGCCACACGGCAUGGGGCGAUGUUUUUGAAACGACCUUGGCCUAUGUUGCUGCUCAAGGUAGCCGAAUUCUCGUCACUACUAGAGAUGAAAGAGUUGCCCGUGGGAUGAAAGGUUUGAGGCCGUACCACCGUGUUGACACAUUGAAUGAUGAAGAUGCCUGGUCGUUGCUCAAGAAACAGGUAGUCUCAAGUGAAAAAGAUGGCCAUGAGAUUGACAUGUUGAAGGAUAUUGGGUUGCAAAUUGUAGUAAAAUGUGGCGGUUUGCCUCUUGCUGUCAAAGUAAUGGGUGGACUCUUGUGUCAGAAGAAAAGAGAACGCUCUGAGUGGGAGAUGGUUCUGAAUGAUUCUAUAUGGUCAGUAUCUGAAAUGCCCGAAGAGCUAAACUAUGCAAUAUAUAUAAGCUAUGAAGAUUUGCCUCCUUCCAUCAAGCAGUGUUUUCUAUACUACUCCCUACUCCCUAAAAAUGCAGUUUUCCUCAAAAGUUGCAUUAUUGGAAUGUGGAUUAGCGAAGGAUUCCUUCACGAAAUCUCAGAUGAUUUGGAAGAAUUGGGAAGCAAGUACUAUCAGGAGUUGAUAUUGCGGAACCUUAUACAGCCAAAGAUAGAGUAUAUUGAUCAAAACUUUUGCACCAUGCAUGAUGUUGUCCGUGCAUUUGCUCAGUUUGUGGCUAGAGAAGAGGCACUACCAGCUCACAGUGGGCAAACUGGUAUCAUUAGUAAACUUAGUGCACGGAAGUUUGUUCGGUUGUCUCUAGAUCUAGAAAGCGAAUUAUCAGAAUCACGUGAGUUAGACUGGAGUUCUUUAAAGGCACAGAAGACACUGAGAACACUAAUAUCAGUUGGCAAUAUAAAUACGAAGCCUCGUGAUUCGUCAGUUCAUUUUCCAUGCCUAAGGACCCUCCACACAGAUUCUACAAAUGUUGCGCUAUUGGUUAAAUCUUUGGAUGAACUCAAGCACCUGAGGUACUUGUCGAUAGAGAGGUCUGAUAUAUCAAGUCUGCCAGAUAACAUUGGAAAUAUGAAAUUCUUGCAGUACAUUAGCCUUGAAGGAUGCAAACAAUUUGUGAAAGUUCCACGUAGCAUUGUAAAGUUAGGGAAUCUAAGGUGUCUUGUCUUUCGUGAAACUUGUAUAAGUUGGAUACCUAGGGGGUUCUCUGCUCUAACAAAUUUGAGGGCACUACAUGGUUUUCCUGCCCUAGUGAAUGGUGAUUGGUCUAGUUUGGAAGAGUUGGGCCCCCUUUCCCUGCUCAGGGCUCUUGGUCUGAAGGUACUGGAAAAUGUAUCAGAUGCAGCUACCUCGUCUGCUACAAAGGUAAGGCUUGGUGAGAAGGUGCACCUUACCUAUCUAAGACUAAGCUGCAGUAGUAGAUUGGGAUAUGACGGGCUUAUUAAUGCGGGAGAAGGCGUCUCUGAGGAAGAGCAUCGACAAAUCGAAGAGGUGUUUGACGAACUUUGCGCUCCCCCUACCUUAGAUAGGCUUGAAAUCUUAGGAUAUUUUGGCCAACGGUUCCCAAGGUGGAUGAUGUCAACAUCAGCAUCAUGUCUGAAGAGCUUGAGGAUUCUAAUGAUGGAAGACUUGGCUUGCUGCACUGAAAUGCCUGAUGGCUUGUCUCAGCUCCCAUGUUUGCAAUUCAUUCAGAUCUUACGUGCUCCAUCCAUCAAACGUGUUGGACCUGAAUUUUUGCGACCCUGCUGUCACCUCAGUCCUCGUGCUUCACAGGCGGCAGUUGUGUUUCCGAGAUUACACAGGAUGGAAUUACUUGGAAUGGUAGAAUGGGAAGAGUGGGAGUGGGAGGAGCAAGUGCAAGCCUUUCCUGUGUUGGAGGAGCUUUUACUUGAUAAUUGCAAACUUAGACGUCUUCCUCCUGGCCUUGCUUUCCAGGGAAAGGCUUUGAAACAGUUACACAUGCAACACGUACACCAGCUCAGCUUCCUUGAGAACCUUGUUUCUGUUGUCGACCUUGAAGUGCAUCAAAGCCCCGACCUGGAGAGGAUCACUAAUCUUCCUAAACUGCAGAAGCUUGUCAUCGUCGAAUGCCCAAAGCUGAAGGUGUUGGAGGGUGUAUGUGCACUGCAGAGGCUUGUUUUGGAAGAUUAUGCCAUGGAAACACUUCCAGAAUUCGUGCGAGGUAUAAACCUAAGUCAUUUCCAUCUAGACUCCAGCCUUGCACUUCUCACUUCCAUAGCCAUGCCUGGCCCUGAGUGGGACAAGUUCAGCCACGUUCAGCAUGUCAAGGCAUAUGCAGAUGAUGGUGCAAACAAUCCAAGGAAAUGGUAUGUCUUGUAUACAAAACACCCCUACAACUUGGAGACAAAUAUCAACCUCUCUUUCAUGUGCACAGGAACCUUAUCUCUUUUCGAGGACGCACAAAGAUUUGAGUUCGUCCUCAAAAUGACAAGAAGAACCUUCAGCUACAUCUGCAGCUUGGUGAAGGUGCAAUCUUUGGAAGAUAUGAACAGCUACACCUUUACUGAUGGGAGGGUGCUGUGUUUAGAAGAUCGAGUAGCCAUUGCUCUGAUAAUGCUCAACUCUGGCGAGCCACUGGAGGCCGUAGCGUUGUCUGUUGGUGUGAACGAGUCAACCAUCUCGCUGGUAACAGAGAGGUUUAUUGAUGCUACGUGGGAGCAAGCAGAUCACCAUUUGAACUGGCCAGGCUCCAGUGAAAUAGAGAAGGUCAAGUCCAUGUUUGACAAGAUUCACGGUCUGCCAAACUGCUGCGGUAUUAUAUGUACAACUCACAUCAUAUUUGGAUCACAAAACUGCGACAAUGAGACGAAUGAUGAUAUUAUAGUGCAAGUCGUUGUUGAUCCAGAUAUGAGGUUCAACAACAUUUGGUUGGGAGGGUCAGAUGCCAUGAACCAGAUGAGCCUUUUGCACGACUCUGAGUUCUUCAAGGAGUGUGAUGCAGGUGCUUUGGUAAAUGGCAGCAAGCUCGAGUUGUCAUCCAAUGGGUCAGAAGAAGUUGAGGAAUAUGUAAUUGGUGCUGAAGGAUACCCUCUUCGUCCUUGGCUCCUCACACCUUACAAGCAGCAAGACAUGGAUGAACUCUUGGAUUCUCAAGUGGAGUUCAACCGGAGACACUCUGCAGCUCUAACCUUUGUCCUGAAGGUGCUGGCAAGGUUGAAAGACACAUGGAAGUGCCUGCAUGGAGGGAUGUGGCACCCAGAAGAUCCGAAGGAGUUGUGUCGGGUAAUCUAUGUGUGCAUCAUGUUGCAUAACAUAGUGAUAGACAUGGAGGAGGCGCCCAUGGUGAGGGAUCUUGAGGUGAAUUACAGCAAGCGAGUGCGCAGAUUAGCAGAUGAGGAUGCUGUCAGUGUAAGGGAUUUACUGUCGCAACAUUUUAUCGGAAGGUCCUCCCAGUCUCAAGGAACCUUAUAUCUUUUUGAGGACUCACAAAUGUUUGAGUCUGUCCUCAAAAUGACAAGGAGAACCUUCAGCUACAUCUGCAGCUUGGUGAAAGUGCCGUCUUUGAAAGAUAUGAACAACUACACCUUUAUUGAUGGGAGGGUGCUGUGUUUAGAAGAUCGAAUAGCUGUUGCUCUGAUAAUGUUGAACGCUGGCCAGACGCUGGAGGACGUGGGAUCCUCUGUUGGUGUGAACAAGUCAACCGUCUCACUGGUAACUGAGAGGUUUGUUGAUGCUAUGCGGGAGCGAGCAAGGCACCACAGAACGUGGCCAGGCUCUGGUGAAAUGGAGAAGGUCAAAUCCAAAUUUGACAAGAUGUUUGGUUUGCCAAACUGCUGUGGUGUUGUACAUACAACUCACAUCCCAUUUGGAUCAGAACACUGCGACCAUGAGAGAAAUGAAUAUGAGCUAAUGCAAACCGUCGUCGAUCCAGAUAUGAGGUUCAGAAACAUUUGGUUCGGAUUGCCAGACAGCAUGAGCCAGUUGAGUCUUUUGCACGACUCUGAGCUCUUCAUGGUGUGUGAAAAGGGUGCUUGGCUUAACGGAAGCAAGCUAAAGGUAUCAUCAGAAGGAUCAGAAGUUGGGGAGUAUGUAAUUGGUGAUGCAGGAUACCCUCUUCUCCCCUGGCUCCUAACACCUUACCAGCAGAAAGACACGGAUGACCAAUUGGACUCACAAGUGGAGUUCAACCGGAGACACUCCGUAGCUGUAAGCUUUGCGCUGAAGGCGCUGGCAAGGUUGACAGACACAUGGAAGUGCCUGCAUCGAGGGAGCCUGAAAAUCCCAUGUGAGAUGUGGAAGGCAAUCCAGGCCUGCUGCAUGUUACAUAACAUAGUGAUAGACAUGGAGGAGGCACCCAUGGCGAGGGACUACAAGGUGAAUUACAGCGAGCAAGUGCGCGGGGUAGCAAAAGAGGAUGCUGCCAGGGCAAGGGAUUUACUGUCAGAGAACUUCAUCAGAAGCUCAUCCGAAUCUCAAGGCCUCUCAGCAAAUCCAUCCGGGUCAGGGAAUGAAAUCUCAGGGGAUCAACAUGAGGACUCAUCAAGUAGCAUCAUCCGACGGCAAGAUGAAGGGUGACGCCAAAGGUCUUGGUACUCUCCCCAUGAUAUACCCCCACGAUGUUUACCGUUCGAUCCGCCUGUUCUUUCGAUCUGACGGUUCUGGAAAUUCAGCCGGGAUGACACUGUUCCCCCUUGAUUUGACGCAUUUCCUAGGCCUGUGCUGCCUCGUCCGGUCCUGUCUCGGGUCCCACUGUCUCGUCCGGUCCUGUCUCGGUCCCACUUUGCUGUCAGAUACCGUCUUCGUCUCCGGCUUCGUUUGCUUUCCUUCUCUCUCUCCGGCUUCAUCCUGUUCUUCCUCUCUUCUUCCUCUUCCUCGGUUCUUCAGUUCUUCAGUUCUCUUCUACUCUCUCGCCGACUCUGCUCUCCAUCGUUCUGUUCUGGUCGACAUCUGUUAUCUGCACCGCUUCAUCUUUUCUUACGGAGCUUCUAUUUCCGAUCUGUUUCUGGUCAACUUCACAAUGUACCGACCUCGGUUUCUGAACUCCUGAUUUGUACCAACAUUGUUUUCCAGGUCUCAACACUAUCGCCUUCCUCUUAAUAAAUUUCUCCAUUCCAUGAGUCUCUCCAAGCUAAAAGGUCAUGCUGCCACUUCUGAUACUGCUGCUCCACUCAGUACUGAAGACGUCACACAUUACGACAGCAAUGAAGAAAGUCAAACUUCUUCAAGUACCAAAUCGGCAACAUCGAGGACAUCCGCAAAGACCCUUUACUGGGUCAUCAAGAAAUUCAAUUCUAUAAAGAGACAGUUGGUCAACGAAAUAGGUUUUGGAGGCAAUUAAUCGCAUGUUCAGUACUUGGCUUCUUGCUAAAGUGGAUUGCAUAGACUUUGCAAUUGCACUAGAUGAAGCUCGUAGGCUCUAGUUCACACCAAAGGAUGUCAACAAAGUAUUUGGUAUUCCAUGCGGACAUCGUGAUGUACUAGGCCCAGAAACAAAAAUAUCCGAUGCUGCAAUGGCGUACCUCUGUGAACAAGCUGGGAUAUCUAAAAGUAUAUGACAAAAAUAUCCGAUGCUGCAAUGGCAUACGUAGCCUGCAAAGAUGUACACCUAAAGUGCAUGCAAGCUAAGAACACAUGCACGAGCGUUUACCCAGGUUCGGGCCAUCCGGAGGUGUAAAACCCUACGUCCUGCUUGUUUGAGCUUGUAUUAUCACAGAGACCAAGUGUUUACAA